AUGAUGAAGAUCCGGUUAAAAGGCAGUGAUGUUAUAAACUCUUCCAAUUUUCGGCUUAUUUCUACGAAGCAUGGGUUUCCAUUCGCUUGUAUUGGAAUGCCACUAAUUAUUACAAGAACCGAACGUACGUUGGCCUACAUCAUUUCCGAACUGGAUGAACUGAAAAGAGAGGAAUUCUACAGAUUGAAAAAGAUUCAAGACAAGAAGAAGAUCCACAAAGCUAAAGUAGAAAAAGAGAAGCAAGCCCGUAUAGCAGCUGGUAUCGUCAGGGAAUCAGAAGCUGGCAACUUACUGGACGAAGGAGAUGAGGAUAUUCUUUUCUACUACUUCAAUGAAAGACACCGUUUUCUUUCGAAUAUGACAGUGGUAUUAGUUGGGUCGCGAUUGUACAGCCCUCUAACACGGGACAUACAUCACUGGGCUGUGACAGAUGGUAGUCGCAUUUCUAGUCGACCGCAAUCCUAUCACGGGGCGAACGUUAAAUAUGUUCCUAACGACGUACGUACAUAUUCAGAUGUACCGGAUGUCCCCUAA